AUGCAGUUCGACGUAGACGGAUUUGUGCUUUACCUGUUGGCGGCAGUAGGAGUGUACGCAAGUGUCAUAUAUUUUUACGAAUGUGCUAGAUCACCCUUAGCUAUUUUGUGGAGUGUAAUUUUCCCGAAUCGCAAACCGUUAAGCGAGCGGUACGGACCUUGGGCUGUAAUCACCGGAUCUUCCGAUGGCAUCGGGAAACAGUAUGCAAUCAAUUUGGCCAGUAAAGGUAUGAAUGUGUUUCUGAUCUCAAGAACCGAAUCGAAGCUGGCGGAGCUUGCCGAACAAAUACGGUCACAAUAUUCCGUUGAUGUCCAGUGGAUGGCAAUUGACUUUUCACAGGGCGUGCAAAUUUUUGAAACCAUUAGAAAAUCAAUAUCUGGACUCACAAUCGGAAUACUGGUCAACAAUGUCGCCGUGGGUCAAGAUUACCUACUGGAAUUUGAACGUUUCUGUACCCAGGAUGUACAGCAAACAAUAUCGGUCAACGUAACGGCUGCCGUAAUGAUGACCCAUAUGCUCUUACCGGAAAUGAAGCAACGAAGACGAGGACUAAUUGUCAACGUAUCAUCCGUCGCCGGAUUAGCUCCGGGGCCUUACAUCACACUUUAUGCAGCUUCCAAGGCAUUUCUAGAUAGUUUUACAACGGCUUUGUCUCAAGAACUUCAUGGCUCCGGAGUCGAAUCGCAACUGGUAACUCCGCUAUUUGUGCGUACCAAUAUCAAUAAACGUUAUCACGCCGUAAAAUUUUCGACACAAUUUUUUACUGACGUGAAACGAUUCGGCAAACAUGCUGUCUUCACGAUCGGGCGGUCUGAUUCUACCACUGGCUAUUGGGCCCACGGAAUACAGAUAUCCCUUUUUCGACUUCUUCCGGUAAGAGUUCGUACAGCUGUUUGGUAUUACGUGGCUGGGCUUUUGAAAAACAAAGAAGUUUAA